UUGAAAUGAUCGCACACGCAAGGUCCACUCAAGUGAAACUCAUCAAAACCGUUUAAAUAAUGGGUCCCACAUAAAUUUCGCGGUUGAGAUGUACCUUCACAUUACACACCAGACCAUCACAGAGGAGAGGAGCCAACAGAUCAGAACAUUCCGGCGGGAAAUCGAGCAAAGUGGCGGGAAUAUAAAAAGAAACAAAACCUCACUUCACUCGUUUUCACUCUCUCUCAACCCACUCUGCACACAAAAUUGAAAGCUAAAAAUGGGAAGGAAGGGAAAGAAACCUAGGGUUUCUCGUGAAGAAGAAGAAGAAGAGAUUGAAUCCGAAGUAGAAGAGGAACAUCAAGAGAAUAUGAACCAAUCCUCUGCAAAUGAGAAGAGUCUCUAUGAGGUUCUUGGUGUUGCGAAGACAGCAUCUCAACAGGAAAUAAAGAAAGCAUACUAUAAGUUGGCGUUGCGACUCCAUCCUGAUAAAAAUCCAGGUGACGAGGAAGCUAAGGAGAAGUUUCAGCAAUUGCAAAAGGUGAUAUCGAUUCUUGGUGAUGAGGAAAAAAAGGCGGUCUAUGAUCAAACUGGCUGCGUCGAUGAUACAGAUCUUGCAGGGGACGUUGUUCAGAAUUUGAAGGAUUUUUUCAGAACUUUUUACAAAAAGGUCACUGAAGCUGAUAUUGAAGAGUUUGAAGCAAACUACAGGGGAUCUGAUUCUGAGAAAAAGGAUUUGAUUGAACUCUAUAAGGAGUGCAAGGGUAACAUGAGCAGGCUCUUCUGUUCAAUGCUUUGCUCUGAUCCUAAGCUUGAUUCACACCGAUUCAUGGACAUUCUGGAUGAGGCAAUAUCUGCAGGAGAAGUGAAGAGAACCAAAGCUUACCAGAAAUGGGCAAAACGAGUGUCUGAAACAAAACCUCCUACCAACCCUUUAAAAAGGAGGGUGAAGUCCAAAAAGGAGCCAGAAACAGACCUAUUUGCAAUCAUAUCUGAGCGCCAAAGUAAGAGAAAAAACCAGGUGAAUUCCUUUCUCUCGUCUCUGGAGUCCAAAUAUGGUGGGAGCAAUUCAACUUCAGAACCCACCGAAGAAGAAUUUGAAGCAAUACAGGAGAAAAUAGAAAGCCGCCGCAAGGGCUCCAAGAAGUCGAAGCAAAAGUAACUUAAUUGGAAUAUUAUUCAAAUCUAGAACUUGUUUUUGUACAAAUUCUGCAUGCUGUGAGCCCCAGGUUCAAAUGUCUUGUUUCUAGUUAUUUCACUGAAAGGGAUUGCUAGGCGUGUGCA